AUGUCGAUGAUUUCAUAGAGCAUUCAACUCUAAAAAAACAGACCCAAAGAAUUAGACAUUUCUUCACUUUAUAGUGAAGGUAACAAAUCUUCGCAUUGCAGUAAUAAUGUAAUUCACUAUUAUACUCAGUUAGAAAAUGCAUCCAAGAUCAUUUCACCACUUUAGUCGAUGUCUAAUUCACUUCUCAAGGAACCUACUAAAUAUGAUUGUCAAAAUUAAGAAUAAAUUUAAGGAUUGACAGGAUCCAAAUAUUUAUCGAUUCAUCCUACUAACCUUGAAAACGUAAUGAAUAUCAAUGGAUUCGAACCUAAACUACUAUAUGAAAUGGUCAAGCCAGUUAUCGACACAAAAAUUAUAUAAACAAUAUAAACAAUUUCAGACGAAGAACAUUAAACUCUAAAUUUAGAUCAAAUUAACGUAUAGCUUACUGAAAUUGAACAAGACAUUCCAAAUACAAGUGUUAAUUAAAUAUUGGCAUCUUUAAAUAUCAUUUAUGAAAAAUUAUCAGAAUCAAUUAGUUAUAAUAUUGAAAAUGAAUUACCAUAUCAGAAACAUAUAGUUUAUUAACUUAGAGUCUCCGUGAUAUAAUCUAAAGUCUAUAAAUUUAUGGGAGAUUAUAGAGCUGCCAUUCAUUGGCUAUAAAGAGUUCGAGACAAUUACCAAGUUUUUGAUCCUGACUUUGCUGGCAAACUAAUGCUUGAACUAUCCAAACUAUAUUUUCUCAACUUUUAAAUUACCGAAUCAUGGGAAAUCCUGAAUUAAGCUUUAUUGCAUUACGAAAAGAUAUAAUGGAAGGGUGAAAUUGCAAGAACCUUGCUUCUGUAGGCCCGUAUGUGUUCUUGGAUGAACAACUUUGAUCUGGCAACAAAGUUAGCUUAUGGAGCCAUUUCCCUGCUCAGAGAAGCCUACAUAAACGAUGAAACCAAAUUGGAUUAGGCCUACUUUAUCUUGGCUGAAUGUCAUUAUGUAUCGAAGAAAUAUGAAACAUCAAAGGAGUUCGUCAUUAAAGUGCUACAAUUAAAACUAUAAACAGGCACCUCAGAGGAUCAUCCUUCAUUUCUUGAAACGUAUAAUUUAUUAGGGUUGAUCCACUCUCAAAUAUAUGAUCUUAAAGCGGCUUAUUAUUAUUUUUGCCUAGCCUACAAAUGUAUUAAUUCCAAUUCUAUAUAUAAAGGGUAGAUUUUAAACAAUAUUUCUGUAAUAUAAAAAUAUCUUGGGUAAAUGGAUUUAGCAGGAAGAUGCCAAAAUGUAGCAAAUGAAAUUUAUGGUAAAUUUUUAUCAGAAAAUCAUCAACUCUUCAAGAGAUUAGUGCUUAAUUCCAUAAUUGAAUCUCCACAUUGA